UUCUUUGGUGCUCGCGUUUCUCCUCACUCACCCCAUUUUCUCUUUGCAGCUGCGAAGAGAUACAGAGAGAGAGACGCAGGUAGAGAUAGAAUCCCACUCUGUCUCUAUCUGUCGAAAUUAAUCUCCAAAAUCCAACAUCCUCCAUUUCCAAUCCUCUCUUUUUUCUCCGCCUCCAUCGUUUCUACCUCUUUCUCUCUCUAAAUCUACCUUUUUUCUUCUCUCAUCCCUCUCUGUUCCGUUCAACAAUCGGAUUGCAUCGCUGGAGUUAUGCAGGCAGAUCAGACGGUGAUAAGUUUGAGACCAGGUGGUGGCGGUGGCCUUCGUGGAAGCAGAUUUGUUACUCCUCGCUUCGAUUCCUCCUCCGCCGACUCUUCGUCUCUUCGUCCACAUGGCGGCGUUGCUUCAAUCCUCAAGACUGGCGAUCUACGGUUUGAAGGUCGUGAGCGAAUCCAAUACACCCGAGACCAGCUUCUUCAGCUUAGAGAGGUUGCAACAGUUCCCGAAGAUAUCUUGAAAGUCAAACUAGAAGUUGAGUCUGAGAUAGGUGGGGAGGAUCAAACAUGGAACCGUGCUGAAAGCAAUCCGCAAUCGCAAUCUCAAAGCCGUUACUUUGAGCCAGACAAUCGAGAUUGGCGUGGCCGAUCUGGGCAGGUUCCGGGCUCCACGGAGGAAGGCUCUUGGGAUGCAAAUAAGGAUUUGUCUGGACAAUCUGAGUCAAGGUUCCAAGACUCGAAUAAUAGAACUCAAGUUUCUGGUAACCAAGGGGUUGGUACACCUGCUCUUAUCAAGGCUGAAGUUCCUUGGUCAGUUAGAAGAGGUAAUAUCUCAGACAAGGAACGGGUUUUGAAGACAGUUAAAGGUAUACUUAAUAAAUUGACUCCGGAAAAGUUUGAUUUACUCAAAGGUCAACUGAUUGACUCUGGAAUUACAUCUGCUGAUAUUUUGAAGGAUGUCAUAUCACUUAUAUUUGAGAAGGCCGUGUUUGAGCCCACAUUUUGCCCUAUGUAUGCACUUCUGUGCUCUGAUCUUAACGAGAAGCUUCCUUCAUUUGCAUCUGAUGUGCCUGGAGAGAAAGAUGUCACUUUUAAACGAGUUCUCUUAAAUAUUUGCCAAGAGGCAUUUGAAGGUGCUGAUAACCUUAGGGCAGAAAUCAGGCAGAUGACUAGUCCUGAGCAGGAAAUGGAAAGAAGAGAUAAAGAAAGAAUGGUUAAGCUUCGAACUCUGGGAAACAUUCGCCUGAUAGGUGAGCUUCUAAAACAGAAGAUGGUACCUGAAAAGAUUGUUCACCAUAUUGUUCUGGAGCUUUUGGGGCCUGACCCCAAGAUAUGCCCUGCUGAGGAGAAUGUUGAGGCUAUUAGUCAGUUUUUUAACACGAUAGGUAAGCAACUGGAUGAGAGCCCAAAAUCUCGGCGGGUCAAUGAUUUAUAUUUCAGCCGGUUGAAGGAGCUCACUGCAAACACCCAACUAGCACCUAGGUUGAGAUUUAUGGUCCGUGAUGUUCUUGAUUUACGGGCCAAUAGCUGGGUUCCUAGACGUGAAGAGGUGAAAGCAAAAACCAUCACUGAAAUUCAUACAGAGGCUGAAAAGAAUCUAGGGCUUCGUCCAGGUUCAGUUGCAAUGAUGAGAAAUGGCCGUAAUGCCGAGGCACUUGGGGGAUUAAGCCCUGGUGGUUUUCCUGUUGCCCGACCUGGCUUUGGAGGUAUGAUGCCUGGAAUGCCUGGAGGGAGGAAAAUGCCUGGUAUGCCUGGAUUUGAGUCGGACAAUUGGGAAGUUCCUAGAUCUCGAUCAAUGCCAAGGGGCGAGAGUGGAGGUCAUACUCAGGCUUCUGCACGUGUCCAAUCAUCACUAAUGGGCAAAUCACCUUCCAUUAAUUCAAAAUAUUUACCUCAGGGAAGUGGUGGUGUAAUUACAGGGAAAACAAGUGCUUUCCUACAAGGUAGUGCUGCGGCAUCUCCUGCCCGACCACCAAGUUCCAUGCCUGUUGCUCUCAGCCCUAAACCAGUUGCUCCAGUUGCACCUGUCGUAUCUUCUCCUCAGAAGCCUGCCGCUCCUGCUGCAUCCAACGUAGCUGAACUUCAAAAGAAAACCGUUUCGCUGCUUGAGGAGUACUUCAGUGUACGGAUUCUUUAUGAAGCCCUACAGUGUGUAGAGGAGCUGAAAUCCCCAGCUUAUCAUCCUGAGGUUGUUAAAAAAUCCCUUACCAUAGCACUUGAGAAGAUUCCGCCACGCGUAGACCCAGUCGUUGAGCUUCUUGAGUACUUGCUUCGCAAGAAUGUCUUGACUCCAAAGGAUAUAGGUACUGGGUGCUAUCUAUAUGGGUCACAGAUGGAUGAUAUUGGCAUCGAUCUGCCAAAAGCGCCAAACAAUUUCGGUGAGAUUCUCGGGAAGUUGAUUUUGAUCGGGGGUCUGGAUUUCACAGUUGUGAAGGAGAUUCUCGAGAAGCUGGAAGAUGACUACUUCCAGAAAUCCAUAUUUGAUGGUGCUAUGAAGACCCUCAAAUCUAGUCCUUCUGGAGAAGGAGUUCUCGCAACUCAAAGCGAUGAGGUCCAGGCAUGUGAAACUUUACUUGCGUGAAUUGAGUCAUGUGGGAUUGAUUUCCCAUUACGUUUUUGAUCAAAACAAAUUUUCAUUUCAUGUUUUACGUUCCGAUCGCAAAAAGACAAAUAACUGAUCAUUUAUAUUGAGUUGUAUAUUUCUUUUUUUUUUCUCCUUUUUUUUGGGGUUGGGGGGGUUCUAUCAAGUAUCAACUUUGUUGAGUAAUUAGGAGCAAAAUUUCUUGCAUUUCUCUCGUCCACUCAUCGAAGACUUCUCGGGUGGCUUGAGAAUAACAGGAAUUGAUGAUAUGGGUCCAGUUGUUACAUUAGAUUUUGAAUUUAUAUGAUGUAUCCAAUACAUUGCUUGUUGUACUUUAAGCCCUUAUGCGGCCCCUGAGUUUUUCUUCUCAAUAAUGUCUGUUUGUCUUUCCCCAA